AUGGCAUCGAAUCAGUCUGGCCCUGCUGGGUCUGGCGCCGGUCCUUCGUACGCGGCAGCAGCAGCAUCAGACAAUCCCUCGCGCCCAGGGCUAGAAGCUGCAUCUUCUUCUGCACCACCAAAGAAGAAGAAGACGCAUCGUGGCGGCAAGAAGAGGCGCAAUCGUCGCCAGUCGUUCGCCGCAGGAGCCGAUCUGGCACCAGGCGACUCGAUGGACGAACGUCCAAGCUUGGCCAAUGUCGCGUCCCAUGGCCAGUCGCGAGGAAGCAGCGGCUUCUACCGCACACAAAGCAACCUCAGCAACACGAGCCUCGAAAGUGAGGCUCUGCUGGACCAUCGCGAACAGCCUACAAUUCGAACGCGCCGUCCGAGCGUACCUGUAACGUCCAUGUAUCAGCCGAGGGCAAGUCAGUCCAACGUUAACCCACCCCAACGCCUUCAAGUAUCCAAUUCCCAGGGCCGAUCGCGGCUGUCGCAUACUCCUGAGGAGGUUCGAUAUAGCGAUGGCGACGAUGAUGCUGAUGAUAGAACGCCCCUGAUGGCUUCUUCUCAGCGCGACAUCAGGACAGGCACCAGCUAUGGCUCCAACGGCAAACCUCGACGAGGAAGCAAGACGUCCAUAAAGAGUCCCAAGCAUAUGCCUAUGCCUGACCACAGGCCCGAUCUGUUCACUCAACAUCACCAUUCCUCAACCAACCUUGACGAGUACGAUGUCAACAACCCCCCAUCAGUCCCUACCAGUCCCACCUUCGAAGCCAGUGGUGGCCUAGAUGAUGUCAUGCUCCCGACAGAUCUAGACCACAUGUCCGAUCCUGAAAGGCCUAGCAGUUCGUCUCGAGAUGCGCUCAUCGAUAUCGAUGAGGACGGUAACUCGGGGUCUCCUCCUGCACCCGGCGACUUCAGACGCCGUAUGACGACUAGUGGGCUCGAAGAUGUCUGCUUCCCACACGAGGCUAUGUCUGAGAUGGGACACGAGGAUUACAUGAACGCUCCUACGACCGGUGAGCCUACGAGUCGCCGAAGACGCCGCCGCUGGCCCAAUCUCGACGUUUUACAAGCUUGGGCGCAUGAGGAGAAGGAGCAACGGACCAUCGAAGGUAUGCGUAUGCGAAAAGUUAGUGAACCUCUUAUGGUCGAAGGGCGUCUCCGACCAAGACGGCGCGUCUGGCAUCGCGAGGACAGCGACGCUCCUUAUCGCUUUACCUACUUUAACGAGACUUUCGACAACACUAUCCACAGUCAGAGUAUCAGCGAGCUUUUGCAACCUGGGCAGAGCUUCAGGAACCUCUUCGUCCCUGAUCCACCAAUCUUGGAUGACGACAGCGAUUCUUCAGACACGGAGGACGAUAUGCUGCACGCAGGUCCCAAUGGCUACACUUCUCGGGCAACAACGCGGUCGACCUCGAAAGGAGAGGGCAAAUACUCCUCUGGUGAGCAAACACGCUCGACUACACCACGACCCGCGGACACACCCAAGAACGAUCGGCCUGAGGAUGAGAAGCCGAAGCGUUAUGGCCCGCGGCCUGCCUGGUGGUUGGAUGUCAUGUCCCCUACCGAGACUGAGAUGAAGGUCAUUUCUAAGACGUUUGGCAUCCAUCCGUUGACAUCGGAAGAUAUCCUCAUGCAGGAGCAACGCGAAAAGGUCGAGCUGUUCAAGCACUACUACUUCAUCAACUACCGUACCUUUGAGCAAGACGAGAACAGCGAAGACUAUCUGGAACCCGUCAACCUGUAUGUUGUUGUGUUCAGAGAAGGUGUGAUAAGCUUCCACUUCUCUAUGACACCGCAUCCUGCCAACGUCCGACGCCGUAUUCGUCAACUCUCAGACUACCUUGUUCUAUCACCUGACUGGAUCUCGUAUGCCAUUAUCGACGAUGUCACCGAUGCGUAUGCGCCCAUGAUCCAGAAGAUCGAAGAAGAGGUUGACGAUAUUGACGAAGCUAUAUUGCGACUUCAUUCAAGCGAAGAGGAACAGGAAGCAGAGAAGGAGAAGUCAUACAGCUACAACAACCCGCACUACGAGGAGCCUCCCGAGGUGAAAUCACAGCAGGAAAGCGGCCGAGACAUGUUGAGACGCGUUGGUGAAUGCAGAAAGAAGGUUAUGAGCCUCUACCGCUUGUUGGGUAACAAGGCCGAUGUCAUCAAGGGUUUCGCAAAGCGUUGCAACGAGCAAUGGGACAUCGCACCUCGUAACGAGAUUGGCAUGUAUCUUGGAGAUAUCCAAGAUCACAUUGUCACCAUGACUGGCAACCUGGGUCACUACGAGAAUCUCCUCUCCCGUGCUCAUAGCAAUUAUCUUGCCCAGAUCAACAUCAGGAUGAACGAACGUCAAGAGAAGACGUCUGACAUUCUGGGCAAGCUUACUGUGCUCGGAACGAUUGUCCUACCAAUGAACGUUGUGACGGGUAUCUGGGGUAUGAACUGUCUCGUUCCCGGCCAGGACAUCGAGAAUCUCAAUUGGUUCUGGGCCAUUACUGGAGGUCUUAUCACUUUCGGCCUCCUCUGUUACUUCAUCGCGAAGAGGGUGUACGGUAUCGUUUGA